AUGAUCCGUGUACGCCCCACGGUCGUCCGGAGCACGAUUUUGAUUCUUCACGUCCUCGGUCCUGGCGUGCAGUUGGCGCUGACGGUCUCGAAUAAUGAUUCCGUCGCGUUCCUCAAGAGUUUGGCUGCAGCCAACUUAUGGCAAAGAAUGUCGCAUCCGGGCCUCGCCUCGCCCGACGAUCUCGCCAAAAAGAUGCGCAUCGGCCGCCUCGAUUAUUUCUGGGACGAUGCCAACGAACUGCGCAUGUACGGCGUCGGCGAGGGCGCAUACGAGCAUCGUUUCACGGCGUUCGUGUUCGGCGUGGGCCCACAAUCGUACACGGUGGGCGUGAACGACAUCAACUCUCAGAGCUUUUAUUUCCCAUUGUCCGGCGCGACCACUACUGGUGUUGAGACAGGGCUCUCCAUCGCGACCGUCAUUACCGACGCGAUCGACGGUAUCACCGACACGAUCGAGGCGGCCGCAGUCUUCAGGCGAGCAGGCCAGAUGAUAUCUUUUGUAAGUGAUGGAGCAGCGACUGCUAUGAAGGCGCGGUAUCACUUCGAAUUGCUAAAGGAACAGGUCCUCGGGAAGGCUUCCGUGGGCGUUUUUCAAGUCAUGUGUUUCUGUCACGUGCCACCAGUGCGGAAAACCGACUACGCUUCUAGGACGACGGAGAUGCCGACAUUGGGUCGCGACGCCUUCGACGCGACGUCGCGUCCACGCGCGACGCCGUCGCGCGCCCGACGCACGCGCUUGGGUCCUACGUAGGUCAUUCACGACGGAGUCCUGCACGCCGUGACGGAGAACUCGCCGCCGCACCCUUCCUGGAGGCGUCAAAACCACAACGCCGUCUUCAUUUUCUUUUUGGAGCAUGUAUCGAACUACCUGCACAAUUCCUUCCGCGAACUAGACAUUGGCUUCAUUCCGAAAUGUCCUCUCGGCCAGGAGACGCGCUGGGGAACUUAUAUCAAAGUAGCUUCGUAUCUUGUGUCGUAUAGAGCUCUAUUGUUAGUCGCGUUGCUGGCUCUUCGCGACAAAAAAGAUAGGAAGGUCUGGUUCAGCGUGGACCUACAGGACGCCUUCAACGUGGCCUGGUCCCCGUGCCGUCGACGUGCCAAUUGCGCGACGACGCCGCGAUUCAGCGAUCGACGUCGCGCAGGCCCGCGAAUCGGACAAGGACCUCAACUACACCAUCUUCAUCCUGUCCGACCCGAGCAUGUUCAUUCAAUUGUGCGUCCUCGCCGAGUUUGGCCUCGGCCUGGCCAUCCCCGCGCUCAUGUGGGGCCAGCAGAGAAAAGGGCAGCGCGUGAUGGAGAUCCACGAAUAUCUCAUAAGGCACUUCGCCUUGAUCGCCUCCCUGCGCGCGGACCCGCACGCUUUCUUCGUCCACACGUUCUACCACGCCGAGGAAUUGGGCCUCUCCGAGGAGGACGUCUGCGCCCAUAUUUCUAGCAUGCUCCGCGCCUACGAAAUGUACAUCGCGAACCGUUUUGGGCAUUGGUUCCGAUUACCGUGGGCCUGGGCGCUGCUCUGCCACUCGGUCUACGGCCGCGACGUCGCCAAGCAACUCGUGCAGCUCGUCAAUAGCGGCCGGCUCGCGCGCAGCGGCAUGCUCGCCGCCAAGAUUGACUACGCCGGCGUCCUGGCCGACGACGCGCUCUGGGCGGCCGUCGUCGCGUUCGCCGGCGGCACGGACCCCCUCGACGCCGCGGCGCACACCCAGAGUCUGAAAAAAUUACGGCGAGAGCGAUUCCCCGCGCGCCGCGCGCCGCGAUCAGCCGUGGCCGGCGCGCGGCCGCGUCUAGACGCACACACAACACAACACAACACGCGCCACGCGAACGCGCCGUCGACGCGCCACCGCCGGUUCGCGCACCACCUCGACGCCGCGUCGGCCUUCGGGACCCGCGUCGACGGCGUGGGAGUGGGACCACUUCAACCAACGCCGCGCACGCCGUAACCCGCCCACGCACACCGUCGCCGCAGGUCGUCACCGCCAUCACGAACGUCUUCGACCACAUCCCGAUCCACUCGGCCAUGGCCGAGGUCGGCGUGAAGACGUGCCGCGGCGCGGACGUCAACACAUUGUUGAAUGACCACGGCCUGGGCACGGUCCUGCGGAGCAUGAACUCGGAGUUCAACCUGUCGGACCGCGUCGCGAACGAGGCCUCCAUCGCGGGCGCGCGGCACGCCCUCGUCGCGGCGGAGGCCGCGCGGCGCCAGGAGAAGCUCGAGCGCGCGACCAAGGCCCGCGCCGACUUCGGCGACGCGUGGUCCGAGCUCUUCGACGGGGAAGAGGACGCCGCCAAGGUCUACUCGGACCUGGCGCGCGACAGCGCCGCGUACGCCCAGGGCCUCGCGUCCGCCGCGUCCGCGCGAUCGGAUCAGGCGCACGCCCGGCGCCACGGCAUCGCCGCCGCGCCCGCGCCCGCCGCCGCCGACGUCGAGGAGGCGGCCGCCGGCGCGCCGUCGGUCAGCGCCCGCGCCGCUUCAAACGCCGCCGCCUUCGCCGCCUCGCCGUUCGCGAUCCUCGAGCCCAUCGUCCCGUACCUCGUCCACAUCCUCAAGAUCAUCACCAUGGACCGCUGCACCGACUCCGCCGACAUCGCCAAGUACCUCUCGUACCUCGUCGCCAAGCUACCGUCCGUGGGCGCGAUCCCCGCCGCGAAGGCCAAGUGCCCGUUCUGCACCAACUCGUGGACGUCCGUCAAGGGCGCCACCGAGCUUCGCGCGAACCACAUCCACACAAGGCACAUCCUCCCGAUGCAGGCGGGCGCCGGCAGCUACUUUGAGGGCCUCGUCGGCGGCCUCGGCGCGUACGCGCUGCCGACGCAAGUCGCCGACGUCGCCGACUACCGCUCUGCGUGCGCGGCCGGCGCCCCGAAACCGGCGUCGUAUCGACCAUCUAUCCGCAGGUCCACGCACAAGUACCUGGACCGCCACAUCGUGCCGCUCCUCCGGCCGGCCCUCCGCACGGUCUUCGAGACGGUCCGGGCCGCGCCCGCGGGCGCCGCCCCGCUGAACUUGACCGACCUCCUCCAGAAGGCGCUGCCCGAGGCCGCGCCCGCCGAGAGGCCCGACACGGAGCCCUACGAGGACAUCCUCGAGGACGACGUCCUCGGCCUGGAGCGGCCGCGCCCACAGGUCGAGUCGCUGGCGUCGCUCGAGAGCUUGGUCCCCGGCAUCAUCGUGUCCGCGCUCGUCGCCGCCGCGGACCCGAACCCGCAGCCGCUGCCCGGCGAGGGCGAGCAGGACGAGAUCCGCCUCUCGUACAACGCGGCGGUCAAGGACGAUAGCGCCAAGGUCCACCACUUCAUGUUGACGCUCAUCCCGACCCUCGCCGAUCGGGGCUCGUAGGUUAAUCACAUUUUGUUUCUCGGACAGCUGUCGGCGCGGGACACCUGUGUGGGGAGGGAGGCGAGCGGGCGCGCGUGUGGUCCGCUUCUCCAGGAAGGCGCCGGCACCGCUCCGUCGCACGAUCACCGCCACCGCGGCGCCCGAACGCGCGCAGCGCCGUCGACGCCCUCGCAAAUGCGGCCGGCGCCGACCCGCGGCCCGGCCGCGGCCCUCGGCGCGUCCGGCUUGCACCCCGGACCGUCGGCGCGGCCCGCGCUCGCUCGUUUCUAUCCCGGCACCGGUCCCCGACGCCGCCGCGUGCCACCGGCGUCGUGACGCCGCACGGCGCGCGACGAAAGCCCGAGUCGGCGCCGUCGGCCGUUUCGAGGCGACACGAGCUCGCGCGCAGCCGGUGAACCGCCCGCGGGCCGCGCCGACCAUGUGGCCAACCGACGCGACCGGUCCUGGGGUCGCGCGACGCCCGUCGUAGCCCCCCGACGCCGCGGCAGCGCCUCAAACCGGGACGGCUCGUUUGCGGCCGCCGCGGCCGCACAGCUCGAACCGCUUUGGUCAAGGCUCGUCAGGAGGUCACAAAAGACGAUCCCAAUCGCUCAUGCCUCUACGAUGCGCUGCGGCCGCGUACCGGACGUUUUUGUUCCAAGCGAGGCGCGAGCGAGCCGCGACUAAAA